AUGUCUUCCUUCGCCUCCAACACGCCGAGCGAGAGCGUCCAAUCUCUCCAACAAGUCAUUGCUCCCAGAAGACCUGCCACUCUUGAAACGGGCGUGUCUUACGUUAUCCCUCCACAGGAUAGCCGUGAACCUUCUAUUGCCAGUGGAUCUACAAGCAGUUCUUCUCUAUGGGAGCCUGGCCAGUCCAUUCAACCUGGUCCAGCAUAUGCUCACACCCAUAAUCGACCACUCCCUUCCAACGUUUCGACACCAGUGCCAAGACAUUCAAUUACUUCGUCGAUGCACCCCCAACAAUACACUUCGCACAUGUUCUCUGACCCCCAAGUCUCGCGGACCGAAGGCUAUCAUUCUAUCGCCGCACCAGGGCCUUUGGUGGAUGAUCCUCGUCGGCAUAGCUAUUCUGUGGCACCCAUGCAAACAGAUGUCUCGUCAUCGUUGGGCUACACUUUGCCAAUGAAUACCUUUCAUAACCCGGUUGGACAGGAUGGCGGCCCUCCAGGGCCGUGUUGA